AGUCCACCUUUAACUGCGGCCCCCGCUGACACUCGAGGCACAAGGUCCCCGCACCUGACGGCAAACAUGUCCGAGAAGGGAGCCUUCGACACCAACGUGCUGACCCUCACCAGGUUUGUGCUGGAGGAGGGCAGGAAGGCCCACGGCACGGGCGAGCUCACCAACCUGCUCAACUCGAUCUGCACGGCCGUCAAGGCCAUCUCCACCGCCGUCAGGAAGGCCGGCAUCGCCAACCUGUACGGCAUCGCCGGUAGCACCAACAUGACAGGAGACCAGGUGAAGAAGCUGGAUGUCCUCUCCAACGACCUGGUCAUCAACAUGAUCAAGUCGUCCUUCACGUCCUGUGUGCUGGUGUCUGAAGAAGAUGAGCAGGCCAUCGUGGUGGAGCCAGACAAGAGGGGGAAAUACAUCGUCUGCUUUGACCCCCUGGAUGGGUCCUCAAACAUCGACUGCCUCGUCUCCAUUGGGACUAUCUUUGCUGUCUACAAGAAGACCACAGACGAUGAGCCCAAUGAGAAGGAUGCUCUGCAGCCCGGGAGGAACAUCGUGGCGGCUGGUUACGCUCUCUACGGCAGCGCCACCAUGAUGGUGCUGUCCACUGGCCAGGGAGUCAACUGCUUCAUGCUGGACCCAGCCAUUGGGGAGUUCAUCCUGGUGGAUCGAGACGUGAAGAUAAAAAAAAAGGGCAAAAUCUACAGCUUGAACGAAGGCUACGCACAACAUUUUUACCCUGAUGUGACAGAAUACCUCCAGAAGAAGAAGUAUCCCGAGGAUGGCUCUGCUCCGUAUGGAAGCCGCUACGUCGGAUCCAUGGUUGCUGACGUCCAUCGCACUCUGGUAUACGGCGGCAUCUUCUUGUAUCCCGCCAAUGUCAAGAGUCCAAAGGGCAAGCUGCGGCUGCUGUACGAGUGCAAUCCCAUGGCGUUCAUCGUGGAGCAGGCGGGUGGCUUGGCCACCACGGGGGCUGGGAACGUUCUGGACAUCCAGCCCAGCAGCAUCCACCAGAGGGUUCCUGUGGUCCUGGGAUCGCCCUAUGACGUGCAGGAGUACAUUUCCAUCUACAAGAAGCAUCACAAAUGAGGGCCGGUCGGGUUCCUCCACUCUUUCCCUUGACUGCACUGAAACAGCAUUGAAGAAUCUUUAGGACACGCGUUUGCAUCUGUCCUGACUUAGUGUCCAUUUCUUGAAAAAAAGACAAAUAAAAACACCCUCAACGCUC